AUGGGUGCGGCUGUCUCUAUCAUUGCAAGCGUAGCUGCAGUUGCGAUCCCCGCCAUUAUUGGCGCAAUCAGAGGCAGCAGAGUUGAAGAAAACCCGACUAUGCGAGCUAUCGAAGAACAGCACAGAAGGGAGGAAGAAGAGAGAGCCGAAGCUCAACGACGCGCCGAGCAAUUGGAACGAGAGAGGCAAGAGCAGGCCGAAAGACUCAGGAGGGAGGAAGAGGCAGCCCAGAGAGCGGCGCAACAUGCGGAGCAGCUGGAGAGGGAAAAGCAGGCUCAGGCCGAGAGAAUCCGAGUCCAGCAAGAAGAUGCACAAAGGGCGGCUCAACACGCACAACAAUUGGAGAAGGAGAAACAGGAACAGGCGGAGAAUGCCAAAAGAGAGCGAGAGGCAGCUCAGAGGGCGGCACAGAAGGCGAUGGAGGCCAAGUGGAACGCAGGGAUUCGUCCGGUUGAAUGGCCUUCCAAGGAGAAAUACGAAGCGAUGAAACGACGUUUUUACAAGGAGGGAAAGUUCCAUCUCGCCAUCGCUGGAAUUUCGGGAACGGGAAAGUCAUCUCUCAUCAACGCCUUUCGAGGCAUAUGGGACGACGAACCAGGUGCCGCCGCGACUGAUAUUGUUGAAAGCACUGCCGUCGUUACUCCUUACCCAGAUCCCAAUCCAGCCAACCCCUUCAUUUGGUUCGACGUCCCGGGUUCAGGCACUCUAGCAUGUUCUGAUUGGACCUACUUUAACGACCAAGGUCUCUAUAUUUUCGACGCUAUCAUCGUUUUGUUCAACGAUCGCUUCACCACCACCGACGUCGCUAUCCUGAAGAACUCUGAGCGAUACAAAAUCCCGACCUACAUCGUUCGCUCCAAAUCUGACAUCCACCUUGAUAACAUUAUCCAGAAGAAAAGGCGGGGAGCUGGUGCCAACGCUAAUCCCGCCAAAGUCCUUGAUGAGGCUCGCAAGGAGUAUAUUACGAGGACCCAGGAGAGCGUCAGGUUGAAUUUGAUGAAGAACGAUCCUCCUAUUCAGUCGCAGAAGAUGUACGCCGUCUCACGAGAUACGCUGACGAUGAUUGUCCGGGAGGAACCGCUCGACUCGGAUAGCCUUCUGCUGAACGAGUAUGAGCUCUUGAAGGACAUCCUUCAGGACGCGUAUUCGCGACGUUCUGAGAAGUCGUAUGGCACGAUGUCGGAUCUCAUGAAGAAGACUGUUUUGGAGGCCCAGAAGGAAACGGAGUCCAAGUGGCACUCAGGUAUUCAUCCGGUUGAAUGGCCUUCCAAGGAGAAGUACGAGGAAACCAAACGUCGUUUUUACACGGAGGGAAAGUUCCAUCUCGCCAUCACUGGGAUUUCGGGAACCGGCAAGUCGUCUCUCAUCAACGCCUUUCGAGGCAUAUGGGAUGACGACGAGGGUGCUGCUAUGACCGAUAUCGUUGAAAGCACCUCGGUUGUUACUCCCUACCCAGAUCCGAAUCCCGAUAACCCUUUCGUCUGGUUUGAUGUACCGGGCUCGGGAACGCUUGCGUGCUCUGAUUGGACCUACUUCAACGAUCAAGGCCUCUACAUUUUCGACGCCAUCAUCAUCCUAUUCAACGACCGCUUUACCGCCACCGACAUCGCUAUCUUGAAGAACUCUGAGCGAUACAACAUCCCGACCUAUAUCGUUCGCUCUAAAUCCGACAUUCACGUUGAGAAUAUCAUCAAGAGGAAGAGGCGAGGAGCUGGCGCGAGGAGAGACCCUGCCAGCAUUCUUCAUGAGGCUUGCAAGGAAUACCUCACGAGGACGCAGGAGAGUGUUCGGUCAAAUUUGAUGAAGAAUGAUCCUCCUAUCCGUUCGAAGAAGUUGUAUGCUGUUUCCCGGGACACCUUAACGAUGGUGGUCCGAGAUGAGCCACUCGAGGAUGCUCUCGUUCUCAACGAACCAGAGCUGUUGAAGGAUCUCCUUCAGGAUGCCUACUCACGGCACUGAGUCGUCGGCGGGUACGAUGGUGGAUCUGAAGAAGAUUGGCGUGGACAUCGUUGGAUUAUUUACAAACUAGGUUCUCCUUUACGAAUUUUUUCUUUUUUCCAUAUGCGUUAUAGGGCAGUGUUUUCCUUGAAUUUGUCUUUGGUUUUAGUUCAGCUUGGUUCUGUACGUCGUAGUUCAAAUUCACUUCACCUUGUUAUUUAAUUUGUCAGCAUGCAUUGAUUGACUUCUCAAAUUCAGACUCUGUAUUUCAGUUACAUGUCCAAUGCUUUCUGAGGGACU